AUGCCUGGCCAAGCCGAGACCCAUGGAUCCAUCAGCUCACCAGAGGUAGUCUCUAGAGAGCGAAAGAGGAAGAAGCAUUGCCGUUCUCGAGCAGGCUGUCUUCCCUGUCGUAGACGAAGGCGCAGAUGUGACGGGGGCCGUCCCACCUGUCGGGAAUGCCACAUACGGCAGGAUCAGUGCUUUUGGGGCCUUAAGGUGUCUUUCCAUCCGUCCAGGUCACUCCAGCUCUCUUCGGAACAUGUCGCUGCCCUCGUGGCUGUCGACAGGCGAAGGCGAGAGGCUCGAACCGACGCGACCGAAACUGCUGAACCCACUUCCCCAACGCUCGUUAUUAUAGAUGAUACGGAUGACAUUGUUCAGUCUUAUAGAAGAGACGAUGCUCAGUCACCCGAGAAUGAUUCUGACUGCCAUGUGGAACAAGAUGCUGGUUCCGAGCACUUUCGAGGCGCCUCAGACCUCAUACAAGAAGCCACACGGCCUUACCUAGGCUAUCCAGGCAAUGGAGGAGGUGAUAUUUACGUCGAGGAAUCGGGGCACGAUAGCUUCAACGACGACACUGCCGCUCCGGCGGAAGCUAUUCACCCCUUCGAUGUCACACAGCCCCCGGAGCUUCCCUCAGAAAUCUUCAGAACGCCCUUCAUAUCCGAUCUUUUCUUACAUGGCUCUCCCAUUGCUCCCUUCUCCCUCGGACAAGCUUUCUCCCGCGGUGCUCCCCCCGAGCCUGAACCUCGGUUCCCCAUCUCGCAGCGGAUGAAGGCUGACCUUAUCUCCAACUACAUAAGGGAGACUGCCACGUGGUGUGAGACGACGGACUCUGACAUGCACUUUUCUGCGCGAAGCGUUCAUCGCAUGAUGGAGUCUACGCCCUUUGUUGCUGCCGCCAUGUCUCUGGCUUCCCGUCAGCUUGACAGCUUGCGGGGACGCCCUAGACAAAUCACGCUCGAGUUGUAUCAGUACACUGUUCGUCUUCUUCUCAGCCAUGAUCCUGCUGUUGAUGGGUCAUCCAUCUUGGCAACGUGCACCUUGCUUUGUGUCUACGAGAUGAUGGCAUCAACUGUGGCCGAGUGGCGGCGUCACCUUCAGGUGAGUGGCUACACACUGGCUUGGCGGUCUAUUUAUCGUGCAAAGGCUGACAUCACGAUCUACUUGAAGGGAUGUGCCGGUUUAUUGCGGAUGCGGAAGUGGAACGGUAACAGUGCGGGCAUAGUCAAGACGUGUUUCUGGGCAUUUGCAAGGAUAGACGUGUGGGCUGCAUUCAUCUUGAACCAAACAACGCUCAUCCCCACCGACUCGUGGGUUGAAGAGGACUCACUUGCGGUAGUUGCUGCCAGGGGCAACACGGAUGACUACUGUAACUUUUCCAUCCUCAUAUUUGCAAGAAUCAUCAACCUCCUCAACGCAAGCGGUGACUCUUCGUCAGCCGAGUUGAGGGAAAAGGCACAGGCGUCGUGGGAAGAGCUUCAGCGGUGGAGGCGCUGGCGUCAACAGAGUGCUAAGCCGCUGAUGAGAGUGGAUGCGGGAAACAAGAAUCCUUUUCCAACCAUUGUCUUUGCAUCAUCUGCAUCGAUAUGUGGGAAUACCUUCUACCAUACUGGCUCAAUCCUCCUGCUGCAGAGCGGAUUGGUCCCGGCCACUUCUUCAGUCGAUGAGAAACGGGUGCGCGAUCCUGUAUGGCAUGCUCGUGAACUUGGAGGCAUCUCCAUAAGCAAUCCAUCACACGCCAACUGGGUGAACCAUCUUCAACCAUUGUAUAUUGCUGGGAGGGUGUUUGGCCCCCGCAGCAAAGCCCCUUGUUCUGCCCAGCAUCAAAGUGGCCGCAUGCAUGCUCCUGUUGAAGCCAGCUCCCCAUCCGCAGAUGAGUCAACAGAUGAUGGAGAUGGGAUGGCGGAGCUUUCCGAGUUUCCCGCGGAAAAGAUGGCACUCCUGAAGCAUCUUGCAAAGAUUGAGAGGGAGACGGGGUGGAAGACGUCGGAUCGGGCAAGAGAGUUGAGGAUCCUCUGGGGUUUGGAGAAUUAA